UGGGCGGGGCGGGCCUGGAGCCCCGCCCCGAUUCUCAGCCCCGAAACCCAGUCGCGGACAAGCCUCAGUCCCAGAAGGUUGCCGCUGACUGAGGAGGAAACUGCAUCUUCAGUCUCCUGCCCAACCGCGAGAGGACCUGGGGUUUCGCUGGACGCCCCACAGACCCCCUCAGGGACCCGUCUGUCCCACACCGCCUCGCCCUGCCGGCCACUCCCCAUCAGGUGCCGCAGGGCAGCCUUACCUGCGGGCUCCUGACUCCCAGGGCUUUCAGAGGAUGCUCGGGCCCCCGGCGGGGGCCGUGGGGAAGCAGUGAGUGCCCCCACUGGGCUCUUAUCCUCUUGUGCCAGGGGCUACCCAGGGGACGAGCAUGGUGGUUUUAUUUCGGAGCCCCCUGACCUGGGACGUCUGAGAAGAUGCCUGCCAUGAGGCUGUUCACCUGCUUCCUGCAGCUUCUGGCUGGGCUGGCGCUGCCCGCCGUGCCCCCUCAGCAGUGGGCCUUGUCUGCUGGGAACAGCUCGUCAGAGGUGGAAGUGGUGCCCUUCCAGGAGGUGUGGGGCCGCAGCUACUGCAGGGCCCUGGAGAGGCUGGUGGACAUCGUGUCUGAGUACCCCAGCGAGGUGGAGCACAUGUUCAGCCCAUCCUGCGUCUCCCUGCUGCGCUGCACCGGCUGCUGUGGUGACGAGAACCUGCACUGUGUGCCCGUGGAGACGGUCAACGUCACCAUGCAGCUCCUAAAGAUCCGCUCUGGGGACCCGCUCUCCUAUGUGGAGCUAACGUUCUCUCAGCACGUGCGCUGCGAGUGCAGGCCCCUGCGGGAGAAGAUGAAGCCAGAAAGGAGGAGACCCAAGGGCAGGGGGAAGAGGAAGAGAGAGAAGCAGAGACCCACAGACUGCCACCUGUGUGGCAAUGCUGUCCCCCGGAGGUAACCAGCCCGUCGGAGGAGAGAGAGGAGGAGAGAGACCCCACUCCCGGCUCGUGUAUUUAUUACCGUCACACUCAGUUACCUACCUGCUGGCACCUGCCCCCUAUUUAUUAGCCAAUUGUAUCCCUGCUGAAUGACUCGCUCCUUCCAAGAUGAGGGACAGGGACGGACAGGACCCUCAGGAAUUCAGUGCCUUACACAGAACGUGAGAGAAAGAAAGAAGAUGGCUAUGGACCUGUGGAUGCUUCAGCUUGAGAAGAAGCAAGACGUGUGGUCUUGUGAGGGGCAACCAGGCUCCAGAGGCCCUGGAGAUCUCCAGGGGGCCUGAGGAGGGACUCACUGCCUGUUCCUGGGCCUCGGACUCUGCAUGGACAAGCAGCCCUUGCUUUGGGAGCUCCUGGUCAUGUGCGGGGUGGAGGAGCCUGCUCUGAGGCUGCAUGGCCCUGGCUGGGUGGGAAGGUGGGAAGGCUGGAGGUGGUCUGGCUGCUUCCUCCCCUUCCUGACAGCAGCUCUUCACCCUGGAGGCCAGAACAUUCAGCUCUGAGAGAACAGUGGUUGCCUGGGGUCCCCUGCUGCUCCUUAUCCCCUUAUGGUCUCUUCUUGCAUUUGUCACUGCUUGUGCUGGGACUUUUUUCUUUCUGGCCAAGGCACCACCAAGCUGCCCCUCACAGGGACACAGGCAAAGAGUGGGCCCUGGGCUGGACAAGGAGUGGCCCAGCCAAUGGGGAUGGGGUCACUGAGGGGAGGGCCUCAUGUGUUCUAGCCCAAUGGCAUGUGGCAAGGGGAGCAGGUUCCCUGAGGACCCCACACAAGCUGCCCCUGCAGAGCCGUCUGACUGCCAAGCCAGGUUCUCUUGAAUAAAGUAUUCUAGUCUGGAAACAGCUUACCAGGGGAGUGUGUCUGCUGAGGCGGUGGGCAGUAGUGGAAAAUGGAAGCAGGACAAAGACAUCAUGGGGAAAAUGGAAAAAAAGCACGAGUUGUCUGAGCCUCAGUUUCCUCGUUUGAAAAAUGUGACCAGAAAUAGCACCCACCUCAUCAGGUUGUGAGAAAGUACAUCACAGUGUAUGGCAAUACGUUAGUUUUCUCCUCUCUCCCUCCCUCCCUUUGACAACUGAGGAAACUGAGGCCCAGAAAGGUGAAAUGGCUUUCCUGAGACCUGAGAGAGCCAAAAGAACCCUGAACUGGAAGGCAGAGGCCUGGGCUUUGUCCCUAACUCACCAAGUGACAUUGGAUUUCCCUCUGCCUCAAUGUUUCAUCUCUAACAUGAGGCUUAGCUAGAUACCCCUUUGAUUUUGGCAUGCUGAAAUUCAAAAGGGGCCCAGGCUCAAGUCUCAGUGGCCCUGGAGUGGCCUCAGGGUAGCUCAGGCCUGCUCCUGUGGCAUUCUGUGGUGUUUUCUUCCUAGCUGCUUUAGUCAAAACCCUGGGCUCCGCUCCUCCCCCAACAAGGAGCUCCCAAGAGGUAGUCUUGUCUCCAAAGUUGGGGAGAGGCCUGGUCCCAGUCACCUGGAACACCAUCAAAUUCAAGCACACAGUCCCUUUCCCCUUCCCCCAGGGCUGCCCCACACCCAGCCCAGUGCCCAGCUCUCCAGACCCAGAGCAAGUGAGGCUCCCAGGCCCUUUAGGGAGGAUGUCCUGGCCUGAGCCCCAAAGGACUGAAUUGCAAUAUCCUCAGCUUGUUCAGGUUGCCAGAGGCGUGGAGCCUCAGAUGCUGCUCAGUUUGUUCUUCCCUUUUACCUUCCAUCUUCCUCUCUCUUCCUCCUUAAUGCCUUGGCAUAGAACAGCGACAAAAAAUACUCUAAUUUUUUUUUGUUUUUAGUCUAAACCAUUUACUAUCAGACUGCCUGCAAGGUGUGUACACGUGCCUUUUUAUGAUGCGUGUGUCAGUGAGGAAGGGGUUCCCCCCCUCUCCUCUGCCCUGCUUCCUCAUUUGAGCUGCUCAGACAAACCCGCAGGCACCCAGGGGAACAGGGGUCAGCCUUGGGCUUUGGAGGGAAGACACGAAUAGUCCAGUGGGGUGGGGUGGCCUUGCUGAGGCAGCUGCCCUUGGUGACCUGUUCACUGAGGCCUGGGGUCUCCUGGAGGAUGCUCUGGUCAGAAUGUGCUUCUGGCUGGUGAUCACAGAGGGGGUGUGGUCAGCCCCGGGGGACAUUCACUUCGCAGAAGAAAUGCACUUUCACUCUUGCUUCUCCCCUCUUUGGCCACAGCUGUUGUGAGCUGGGAGCUGCAGGCUUUGACCAACUGAGAGCUGAGAAGAGCAACCUCAUCCCUUGGCCAGGCCUCUGGCUCAGUCCCAGGGACCCCAGUCCAGCCUCUAUAACAUCUCCAAGACUCAGCUCCACAGGGUCAGCUAGAUGGAAGUCAGCUUCCAUGAGCCCCCACCCUACCCCCGAAAAGACCUCUGAAGAGGGCUAAACAGACACCAGGGGAGCACCUGAAGGCAGAAGCAAAAAUCUGCACUCAUGGCCAGAGGCCUCCCGGCAGGAACAAGUAGGAAAGGAACUGACAGGCUUAUUUGACCAUGUCUGCAGCCCAUUCAGAUAAUUUAGGCUCCAAAGGACCCUUUUCCUUUGUUCAUCAUUUAUUUAUGGAUCACCACCUAUAUUCUAGACACUGUUCUGGGCGCUAAGUUUCCAAGGAAGAAUCAAACACAAAAGGACCCUGCUCUCAUAGAGCUUG